AACAAAAAGAGAACGAGUGGAAGAAUGUGUUUUCGGCCGACCGAUAUGAAGUUGACUCAGACACUUCUCGUUUGACACAACAAAACAACUGUCAACGUUUAUCGACGAUUCAUAAGCGAAAAACGAAAACAUUGUGAAGAAAUUUUUGAGUUUUUGUGAUGAAAAUAAGAAAAAGUUUGUUGAAUUGAAAACUUUAUUGCAAAGAAAUUACAGCUUUUGAUCCAAAAUGAACGACCCAAAUAAAAGGAUCGAUGUGAAUUUGUCGUCGUUGCUCAGUUUAAAAGCGGAAUUGCUGCGAAAGCAGGUGGAAGUGAAUCGAUUCAAAAAGCCCAACACCUCCGACCCGUUUGCUGCUUUCAUUUCGAAGCGUCAUGCUUCGUCAUCAUCCAGCCGAUCGCACAACAAGAAAAAGAAUGAACAACCGCCUCCAAAGUCGAAUGCUGAGAAGUCAGAAAAUGAGAAGCGUGCAGAUGAAGAUUACGAAAUGUUGGCAAAAUCCAAGAAGAUCCUUGAGGCCAAAGCAAAACUAUACAACAAAAUGACAAGUAGCGGUGGUUCAUUGAAUUCUGACGACACAUGCUUAGUACGAUUCAAUCAGAAGAAGCAAGAGGAACGACAACCCGUCGAUCAUUCCAGUUCCGAAUCAGAGAGUGAUACCGAAGAUCAAAGAGGUGGUUCCGAUCACGAUGACGACAAAUGGACUGAAUACACCGAUUGCCUGGGCCGAACACGAAAAUGCCUCAAAGAGGACUUGGAAUUUUUCAAAAAGAAAGAUCUUGACCUGACUGACGCAACCAGAAACCGAACCACACGUUCCGAAGAAAAAGAAACACCAAAUGUACCACAAACACCGUGGUUCGUUGACACAAAAGGUAUUUCAAGUGCUGAUUUACCGCUUUACAAGCCGACAAAUGAUGACGAUGUUAUGAGUAUGAUUUCAAAGUCAUCCAAAAUGGAAGAGAUGCGUGCUCAAUGGGAGGAAAAAGAGCAGGACAAUUUGAAUCGUGAAAAUAUCCACUAUCAGGACGUUUUAUUUGACGAAGCACGAACGCACGGUGUCGGUUACUAUGCAUUCUCCGUGGAUGCAGCGGAGCGUGAAAAGCAGCAGCAAGUUUUAGAUGAACAACGGGAAAAGACAUUGGAAGAGCAGAGAAAACGGGAAGAAGUGCGAUUGGCCAGAGAAAGAAUAGUCGCCGAGAGGGUGUUUGCAGCAAAAAAUCGCCAACGAGCAAGACUUGGAAUCGCUCCAAUGUCAAGGGAGGAAUUUGAAGCAGAGAAAAAUAAAGGCAAAGUUGAGGAGAGUAAAGAUGAUCCGAAGCUGAAGAAGAAAGAGGAAAAAGAGCAGAUAAAGAAGGAAAAAUUGGAGAAAGAGCGCGAAGUCCAACGACAGAAACAUCUUCGGCCAUGGGAUGAAGGCAAAGAUAGUGUUCCGCGUCGACGUCCGUCGACAUCGAGUGAUGAUGAACAAUGGGAAUACAAACCAGAGAAACCCGAACCAAUGUCACAACAACAAUGGAAUGAACUGAAACGCACUGAGAGAAAGCCAGAGUUUGCACCUGUGAUGGAAGAGGAACGGAUUCAAUCGUUUAAUAGAUUUACAACAAAAAAACCAAAGCCGAUGAAACGGCGAAAUGAAACCGCGUAUGGGAAUAUGUUCAAUGAACCGAUUAAAAAUGAAAUGGAUGGAGAUGAUUUCCCAGUUGAACAGGAUGAAUCGAAUAAGAGAAGACGUGCCGAAAUAGCUCCACCACCAACUUUCGAUUACUAUGGACCCACUUCGACAACGAAACCCAGAAGUCAUGGCAAUAACACAGAUAUUACCGCUUCAAUCGAAGCUGGGCUCAAGUUUUUGCGAGAAAAAUCCGACAAGAUUGCACCUGGCUCGAAGCAGUCGUGGGUCGCUAAUACUACGUAUGAAGAAUAGUCGAGUUUUUAUUGGAAUAAGCAAAUAGUUGACUAACUCACAACUCAUGAGUUUUGAGCGAAAUUGAGUAUAUUUUUUUCAAAAAUUAGGUUUUUGUAUUAGGAAACUAGAACACAAUCCUUGAUUCGGAUUUAGAAAACAUUCUUCCGAUUCCAUCAUUUUGUUAUCGAAACAAAACAACAUCAACAAAAUUCGAAAACAUGAAAUGUUUCUGUAAAUUCAAAAAUAUGAUUGAUCUGAAAUUGCAAAUAAAUACACAUUUUUUUACCUAGA